AUGGAUAAUGAGGUGACAUGGAGUUCUUUGUUUCUCCCCCUGGAGGAAGAGGUCGUGUUCGCAUCCUUCAUAACAAUUUUGUGCCCCCUUCAGCGGCAGAGGCAGCAGCAGCAGGAAAUGUUCUCGCGUCGGGAGACUUCUUCAGAAGGGGACGAACAAACCCGUUUUGCAUCUGGGUCGAUUCUCUACCAUGCGGCGGACGAAGAUGCUAUGGGGUCGCCCCUUUUUGCUCUCUACGGGGAACGUGCAGAUGCCAUCGUCUGCGUUCUUGCAAACCGCAGUGUAGUCUUUUUUGACUUGACAGACGGGCAUGAGGGGCCGAAGGAAAUUCGUCGAUUCUCCAUGGGUAAACCGCACGGUGUAAAUUUAGAAAAGGCGACAUGUGCCUCGAUGAUCCCUCUGGAGGUGGUAUACAUGUGCCGUGUUCCCGCGAUGGCAAAGCCGCCGACCGUCGCUCACCACACAUCCAGCAAUCUUGGCACGACAGCUUUAACGUCAAAGGCGUCUGUUUCAGAUCGGACGAUGUAUCUUCGGGGUGUUGUGGGAUCGAGUGAUGGGCGCGUUGACGUUUUUUCAGAGUACGGCUUUGUAUUUGGUUUUGUUGCCCAUGACGCACCCGUGGUGGCGGUGGCUGUCAUAUACUGCCCUGAAGACUUGGACGAGGAUCGAACUCACCCUUCUUCUGGAGGAACCAAUGUCUCUAGGCUUCCACUGAGCGGCCGCGAAGCCGAGCGUUGGUUUGUGAAUGUCACAACGGGCAUGGGAUUUGUCACGUGCAGUUCCGAGGGGGCGAUUUAUGUAUGGAAGCAGCAGGGUCUUAUUAUGAAGUCAGAAAUGUUGGAAAAAAGCGUCUUCCCCUCGCGGACAUUUAAGUGGCACGUUGUGCAGCCAUCCAAUGGUGCGUGGCUGCUGGGUGGCUUGGGCGGUGCACAGGUGUCGCUGUUGGUGCAUACAACACCGGGAAUGGAACACGAGCUUCGUGUGCGGAGUACUGUGACAUUUGAAGAUGUCGAGCCACGAGUUAAGUUGCCCGGUUCUCAAUUUACCCGAACCACCGCCAUUGCUUCUGAUGAGAAGUUAGCGCUUGUGGCUCGCGGUAGAAAGGUGUAUACCUUUGUGUUUGCAACCGCCAGGUGUGAACUCCUCUUCACUGCGCGUCACACCGUAACAGGCCUGUUUCUCAGUAAAUAUGGGCUCGUGGCUGCGGCGUGUGACAGUGGGGGUUUGCUGUACGUCGUAAUACCCAAGCUCAUGUUGGUGCUGGGCCACUACAAUGUACGAGGCGGCGGCCCUAUUCGCUCCGUCUCACUGCAUGUGGCAUCACGCCUCUUGACCAUCGUCGCAGGAAAUGGGUCGGUGGAGGUGGUGUUAAUGCCAGAGACUUGGAACGAUGGACCCCUCAGCCGACUGCAUUACCUCACCGACCUCAUGAACUCCACUCCGGCGGCAAAGGCGCUCUAUUCCCUUGUGAGCCUGCAGAAACGGCAAGAUGAUUCAUCGUCGGAUUUAGUUAACGCAACGCAGCAAAGUGCCGCGCACGAGUCGCUGCUGUUGGCACGCAUGGCAAUUCCGGAGGAGACGAAACGUUAUCUGCGCCCCACCACCGGGCUUGCAUAA